CACUCUCAAAAUGACAUUCACAUACACAAUAUUCUCUAAUACCCUUGUCUUCACUAUUUUCCUAAUUAAAUUUGUUGCACUUCCGAUGGCAUAUUCAAAACCAGCCAUGUUCUUGCAGGAUUUUCAUGUAACAUGGUCCGAUUCACACAUCAAGCAACUCGAUGGCGGAAAGGCAAUCCAACUUCUCCUUGACCAAAACUCUGGUUGUGGAUUUGCUUCGAAAAACAAAUACUUAUUUGGACGUGUAAGCAUGAAGAUUAAGCUCAUUCCAGGAGAUUCUGCCGGCACUGUCACUGCAUUUUAUAUGAAUUCAGAUACUGAUCAAAUACGCGAUGAGCUUGAUUUUGAGUUUUUGGGGAACCGAACCGGUCAACCCUACUCGGUUCAAACCAAUGUUUAUACUCAUGGAAAAGGUGAUAGAGAACAAAGGAUUAACCUAUGGUUUGACCCGGCUGUUGACUUUCAUACUUAUUCCAUUCUAUGGAACCAUUACCAUGUGGUGUUUUAUGUGGAUGAAGUCCCUAUAAGGGUAUAUAAGAAUAAUGAAGACAAAGGAAUUCCAUUCCCAAAAAUUCAACCAAUGGGAGUGUACUCAACAUUAUGGGAAGCCGAUGAUUGGGCGACAAGAGGUGGGCUCGAAAAAAUAGAUUGGACGAAAUCGCCCUUUUACACGUACUACAAAGACUUUGACAUUGAGGGUUGUACUGUCCCGGGUCCGGGCUGGUGCGCUGCUAACCCAUCCAACUGGUGGGAGGGCGCCGCCUAUCAACACCUGGACCCGGUGGCUGGGCGUCAGUACCGGUGGGUCCGGUUAAACCACAUGGUUUAUGAUUAUUGCACGGAUAAACAACGGAAUCCAAUUACCCCACCGGAAUGUAAGGCCGGAAUUUAGAUUCCGUUUCCAACAAUGGAAUUGAAUAGUUGAUGGGAGGGUGUAAGUAAAGUGGAAUUUUAAUGGCGGGACUUUGAAAGACACAAAUAAUGGUUUGGCCAUAAUUGUGAAAGGGUAUAGUAAUGUGAUAAUUGAUAUGCG